AUGGCGUCUGAGAUCCCUUCCAGCACUGAACCCACAAUUCUUUUCCGCCCCAGCAAAAAGCGCAAAAUAUACCGCUCUCGCGCCCACGAUGACGACGACGUCGAAAUUCCCUCUGUAUCUCCUCCUCCUGCCGCAGGCGCAGCACCUCAAAGCCUCGACGAGCUCAUCGUUACUACCAGCGCCACCAGCGGGAAUGAUAUGGGGGAUGUAGUAGAGGCAGAGGGAAUUGCCGUGCCUAUGUCUGAGAUCCUGCGGCUGCGCAAGCAGCGUAAGGGACGGUUUGGAAGAGGCGUGGAAUUCACAGCCGAGAGCGCGAAUCGAGCUACGAAGGAGUAUGGUCGGGAGAUGGUAGUUAGCCGUGAGGAUGGGGAUGCGGAGAAGGAGGAUGUCGAGGGCGAAUCCAGCGUGGCUAAGGGCGUUCCGAGGAGAUUUGCGCCGCAGACGGGGACGGUGGGGGAUGUGGAUAGGCAUAUGAUGGCCUACAUAGAUUCUCAAUUGGCUAAACGACAGAUGGAGGGCCUGCAACUUACGGAGAAAUCCUCCCAUGCAACAUUGCCAUCCGCGGACAGUCCAGCCAAGCCCGAAUUCAACGUAUCUGAUGGCUCUGCGAAAGUAUCGGAAGUCCACCGACAACCUGCUGCGCAGGGGAAACUGAUGGAGAUUGACCUGGGAGAUGAAGCCCGUCAUAGAAAUGUAGAACGCACAACUCAAGCUACUAGACGUCUAAACGGGGAGGAGAUUGAAGAAGAGAAUACGCGGAGUGGCAAGCCGGUUAAAGUCCGAUUAGGGAGGGAUGGAAAGCCCUGGAGGGGACGUAAACGGAGAGGUAGCGAUGAUAUCAAGCGGGACAAACUGGUUGAGGAAGUCCUGAGAGAGAAUAGACUAGAGAUAUACGACGAACCGCAAGAAGAACCGCCUAACCCCGGGGAUAACGACCAAGCUGCAGAUGAUAGGAUAGCGGAGGCGUUCCGGAGGGAAUUCAUGGACGCGGUGUCGGCGAGACAGCGGAAGAAAGCGAAUCCUGCUCCGCCGCCUAGUAGGACUGUUGCUGGGAAGAAGGAAGAGGAGCUCAUGAAGGGCCCGAAAUUGGGGGGUAGUAGGAGUGCGCGGGCGGCUAUGCGGGAGACUAUGUUGAAGAACGCGAAGAAGUAG